AUGUCUUCAACAAAUACAACAAUCACGCCGCAACCGGCACCUCCAUUUCUAUCGACACAACCCCCACACUCAACACCAUCUCCCGCAGCUCCAGCGAUAGCAAUACCAGGGUUGUCACCAGCGGCGCCAUUGUCACAGUCCUCACCCUCACCCUCGACCCACUCAUUCCUCGGCCUCGACGCCUUGUUCACUAACCCCGUCUUCGCCGGUGGGAUCGGCCUAGCCGGCCUCGGUGCAGCCGCCGCAUUCGGCCGGCGUGCCGUCAUCUCCGGCGCCGGGCUCCUUCGACGCCAACUCCUUGUCAACAUUGAAAUCAGCAAGCGUGACCCCUCCUACAACUGGGUUCUCGCCUGGCUCGCCCAGCCGCGCGAUAACCGCGGGUUUAUCGCGCAACGACUGACCCGUCUGCGCAAUCUCUCCGUCACCACAAGCACGAAAUCCUUGAACCCUCGUGGCAGCGGUGCCAUCGAUGAGGCUGGCAAUGCGGGCGGGCGAAUUCAUGCCGAUUUCCGCGUGCACCCUGGCUUUGGGCGACACGUGGUCCGGCAUGCGCCUGGUGUGUACAUUGCGGUGAAUCGGGAGAAGGCCGGGACGGCGACUACGGCGACGGGCGAGCCGCACGAGACCCUGACGUUGACCCUGCUGUGGAUGCACCGGCACGUACUUAGCGACGUCUUCACCCAGGCGCAUGCACUGGCCCAGAGUUUUCAGCAGGGCAAGACAAUCGUGUAUACGGCACGCAAAAUGGAGUGGGCAGUGCUAGGGAAGCCGAGGUUGAAAAGGCCACUUGGGAGCGUGAUUUUGGAUGAGGGAGUGAAGGAGAGUUUGGUUGGAGACGUAAAGGAAUUCUUGAAGGCGCAGCAAUGGUAUACUGACCGGGGCGUGCCAUAUCGUCGGGGCUACCUGCUUUAUGGCCCGCCGGGGACAGGCAAGACGUCGUUCAUCCAGGCAUUGGCUGGUGAACUGGACUACAGCGUCGCUAUGAUUAACUUGAGCGAGAUCGGCAUGACGGAUGACUUGCUUGCGCAGUUGUUGACACAGCUGCCCGAGAAAAGCAUCUUGUUGCUUGAGGAUGUUGAUGCGGCGUUAGUAAACCGCCGGCAGCGGGAUCCUGACGGGUACAGUGGGCGGACGGUCACAGCGUCCGGGCUUCUCAAUGCGUUAGACGGUUUGGCGGCUGGGGAAGACAGGAUUGCGUUCCUGACGACGAAUCACAUCGACAGGCUGGAUCCGGCGUUGAUUCGACCCGGCCGUGUUGACAUGAUGGUGCGUAUUGGCGAGGCCACACGAUACCAAGCAACCCAAAUGUGGGAUCGGUAUUACGGUGAUAUCGACCAAGACCACUCGGGCCGAGAGCGUUUCCUAAAGAAAUUGGAUGAGCUCGGAUUGCUUGGAAACGACAACCAGAACCCAGAGGCGCCCAAGAGACAUACGUCCACAGCCGCCAUUCAGGGGCUUUUCCAGUUUAACAAAGGUGACAUGGAGGGCGCGAUCAAAAUGGCCGAAGGUUUGAUCCCACGGACUUUUGAACCAGAAACCCCCUCUGCGGAGGGCACCAUUAAAUCGCCGGCGUAA